AUGCUGGAUGGAGCCCAUUUCCUGUACCAGGCGAAGGCCGAGUGCCGCUUCCUCAACGGGACGCGGCAGGUGAGGCUCCUGAACAGGUACAUCUACGACCGGCAGGAGUAUCUCCGCUUCGACAGCACCCGCGAGGAGUUCGAGGCCAUCACGGUGCUGGGGGAGGUGGAUGCGGAGGCUUUCAACAAGGAUAAGCGCCUCCUGCAGUACUGGAAGGCCGGAGUGAAUCGCUUCUGCCGAAAGAACUACGAGGUUUUCCAGAGAAAUUCCGUGGUUGGCCGGAGAGGAAAUUCCUUCCAUUCCGGGGUGUUUCCAACCGUCUCCAUCUCCCCCACCAAGCUGGACCCCACUUCCCCUAACACCAUCCUCCUCUGCAUCGUGAGGGGCUUCUACCCCAUGGAGAUCGAGGUCCGGUGGCUGAAGAACGGGCGGCCAGAGGAGGAGGGCGUGGCCUUUGGGGAGGAGCUCCAGAACGGAGACUGGACCUACCAGCUCCAGGUGAUGCUGGAGACCCAGCCCCAGCGGGGGGACGUCUACACCUGCCAGGUGGGGCACGCAAGCCUGGAGGCCCCCAUCACCGUCCAGUGGGAGCCCCGAUCCUCCAACUCGGCCAGGAGCAAACUCUGGACGGGGAUCGUGGCAGCCGUGAUCGGGGUGAUCUUCUUUGCAAUGGGGCUCUCCCUCUACCUGAAGAGCAAGAAAGGUGAGUCUGGGGGGCUGGAUGAGAGAUUGUGGGGAGGGGACCAUCCAGGGGAGGCCUCUCAGCAAGCUCAGCAGAUG